AUAAAAUGUCUGUACAUGUCAUGCACCAAUGUCAUGUACAUGUUAUGCAUCAGUCAAUUACAUUUACAGUCCUUCAGGUAUAUGUAUUAGCUCCAACUCAUUUAGAGUAGAAAUAUACCAAACAAUGGUUUUUUGCUGUUAUUUUUUACUUUUUGAUCUCUUUCACAAAACAAAACUGAAAACAGGGUCAUACAGUACAUAGGCAUGUCCUUUAAGCUCAGAUUACACGUAUAAUAUAGUAGCUAUAAUAAUUCGACUUAUGUAUUGAUUUAACAACUUAUUUUUAGGCAGAAGAAAUGUUUAAAGAGAUAAAAAGUCAGUUUAUUGAUGGUUUGGAAGAACAAACAUGGAUGGAUUAUGCAACCCGCGCUCAGGCUCGUCUUAAGGUUAGUAGUAAUGUGGCAAAAUGUAGUCUUGGCUGCAGCUCAUGCUUUUAUAAUCAAUUUGAACAAUUCAGCAUUUCUUGUGGACAGCACCUAAACUGUCAUGGAAUACUGGUAAAAACUAAAAGAAAUGAAAGAUGAGACGAUUUUAAACAAAAUUGAAAAGUUAAAUGUAUAAUGUCACCCUUACUCCUAAGAAAGGAAUGAAGAAGAUAGUCGUGUUUAUUUUUCAUAUAACCGUGUUUUUCUUUUUACACAGUUGCAGAAAAUGACAGAUUUGAUUGGUUUUCCAACGGUAAUUAAGAAGCCUGGGAUACUGGACCGGAUUUAUGAUGAUGUAAGUCAGUUUAAUAAGAGCUGUUUCGCUUGCUUAACUUUCCUAAAAAGAUUUUUACAUCAUUGCCAUAUCAUAUUACAUUGCUACUGGAUAGACCCUUAGGACUAGAUAUAAUUAUUUAUUAUUUAAAAAAUUCAUUAAUAAUUCACGAGGAAAAUACAAAAGAAAUGAAUGUUUAAUCAAUGUUUGUAAAUCGGAUAAAGAUUUGUCCUGAUUUACAUAAACUUCAGCUUUGAUUUUCUCGGCUUAGACAAUGUUUAUUUUUAAAAUUACUUCGCCAAUGAACUCAUAAGAUGGGUCAUUUUUUAAGUACGAUAAAACAUUCGCAUCCGAUCUGUAUCUGAUAUACAAACUGUCGCCUUCGGCUCCAGUUUGUAUAUCAGAUACAGAUUGGCUGCUCAUAUUUGAUCUAGUACAUAAAGUAUAGUGCUUUAUAGAGAUUUCGAGCACUGAUAAAACUGAUAAUCUCACAUGUGAGAUUAUCCAUGAUAUUUUCACAUGUGAAAAUUAAAAUUAUCCGUUUUCAAUUAUCGCUUUUCUGUAAAAAUUAUCGCUUUUCAAAGUCUGUCCUUUAAUAAUAAACAGAAAAAUACAUGGGUGCUUGGAAAUACCAGAUUUAUUUUUCGUGUUGAAUAUGAUAUCUCACUCGUUCGCUGCGUUCACUCGUGAGAUAUCAUGUUCUCUCGAAAUAAAUCUGUAUGUAUUAUUCUCUAUUUAAUUUGAUUUAUAUUUUAUUAGAUAUUGAACUGAGCGAGUCUUUUAGAAACCAGGGUAUUUAUAUAAUGUGACCCAUAUUAAUCUGGUGGGGGGGGGGCGGGCUUUCUCGGGGCUUCGAUAGCGUAGUCGUCAGAGCAAGUGCCUUUCACCUUGAGAUUGUCGUGUUAAAAGAGUCAAUCAACAGUCUGCCGAAAGUAUAUAGUCGUGCAUGGGUUUCUCGGGGUGCUGUGGUUUCCUCCAACGGGGAAAGUUGACAUGCAGAGUGGUUUAGCAUAAACACUGUUAAGAUUUUUCCAUGUGAGUGGAAAAAUGCAAGAGUCACCCCAAUUUACAAAAGUGGCCCUAAAUCUAAUAUGGAUAAUUAUCGACCCAUAUCUAUUAUUUCGGUAAUUGCCAAAACAAUGGAGAGACUCGUACAUAACCAGGUCUAUUCCUAUUUACAACGGGCAAACAUACUAACUAAUGCACAACAUGGCUUUAGACCUCUCCACUCCACUGUUACUGCAUUGUUAAAAAUGACAAACCAUUGGUAUCAAAAUAUGGAUGAAGGGUUAAUCAAUGGAGUUGUCUUUUUAGAUCUAAAAAAGGCAUUUGAUACCGUUGACCAUGGUAUUUUAUUAAAAAAAUUAUAUUUAUAUGGAGUGAGAGGAAGGGCGCAUGACUGGUUUAGGUCCUAUCUGUCUAAUCGUACCCAGUAUUGUCAAGUUAAUGGCAAACUGUCUGAACCACGAACAAUAAUUACUGGUAUUCCGCAGGGCUCAAUUCUUGGACCCUUACUCUUUCUUGUUUACAUAAAUGACUUGCCAAAUUGCUUAAAAAGUGCGGAUUGUGACAUGUUUGCUGAUGAUACUCAAUUAGGAACGGCAAAUAAGGAUGUUAAAGUAAUUUCUGAAACGUUAAAUGAUGACCUAGCAAAUAUUUCAGUUUGGAUGGCGGCCAACAAGCUGAGCCUGAACAAAAGCAAAACUGAAUAUAUGUUUAUUGGAUCACAUCAAAAACUUAAACAGUGUAACUCAGAAUUGCAAAUAAAAAUUGGAGAUACGCCUAUUCAACGAGUAACCGUUACUAAAUCACUGGGUAUGAUGGUAGAUGAGACCUUAACCUGGCAUUCUCAAACAGAUCUAAUUACAAAGAAAGUGAACAAGGGUCUUUACGUCCUUAGACGAUUAAGAGAUUUUGUUGAUGUAAGGACUCUAGUAACAGUUUACAAAACCCUAAUUCAACCACACUUUGAUUACUGCUCGCAAGUAUGAGGUUGUCUUGGAAUUACCCUUCAAAACCAAUUGCAACGUUAACAAAAUAGAGCAGCACGUAUCAUUACAAAGCGUGGGUAUGAAUUUAGAUCAGCCGAUAUACUUAAAGAAUUAGAUUUACCUAAUUUAAGUCUCAGAAGAAAUAAUCAAUUAUGUACUACUAUGUAUCAGGUAAAUAAUAAUAUGGUGCCUGAUUACCUAAUUGAUUUAUUCACGAAAACCAGUACACUUCAUAAUCAUCAAACUAGGCAGGCUGAAUUUAACUUUGCACUCCCGAGGCCAAGUACCAACUUUUGUAAAAAAUCAUUCUCGUACAGAGGAGCUGUAGCUUGGAAUGAUUUAUUACCUAAUAUAAAAAAUAUGGGUUCAUUGUCAACCUUCAAAAGGGCUCUAGUGUCAAAUAGUGGUAAUAAUUCUUAAUAAUCAAUUUAUCUUUUUUCUUUUUCUCUUCGAUUUUAUUGUAUUAACUUAAUAAAAUAUUUUUAUAAUUGCAUGUAAUUAUUCAUACAUAUAUAGCACGGCCUAUUGGAAGAUCACAUCUUGUAAAUAUUUUAGUUUUUGUCUUUGUGAAAUAGUACCGUGGGUAAAUAAAGUUUAAUUGAUUGAUUGAUUGAUUGAUUGAUUGAUUGAUUGAUUGAUUGAAGAAAGUAUUUUAUAAAAUAAUAUGUAUAUAACGCGUGCUCUGAUUGGUCGAAACCCGUGUUUGGAUCAGACCAUCCAAACAAGGAAAUUUAAAGCGAAAGUUUUUUAAAGUGAAAUUUUAACACGGAAAGUUGUUAUUUUAUAAAACAAUUAUUUUAUGGUUUCCGUGUUUAGAUGGCCUGAUCCAAACAGGCGGGAAUGUUGCUUGAGUUAAGAAAAGCGCGCAAAAUCACUCGCCUUCGGCUCGUGUUCGCGCGCUUUUCUUAACUCUCAUAACAUUCCAGCCUAUUUAUUCGAUAAUAGCAAAAAUAGCUAAUUUUCAAACCGCUAUAACUCUUCGGUUUUAUGGAGUAAAUUUCAUAGAUAUCUUAUAUACAUCUCUUUUAGUAAAAUUGAAGCCAAGAAUAUUCCAGCGGUUACCCCCAUUUGAAUAGAUGGCAGGCAUGUUGGUCGUUCCCACUCGCUAAUAAACGCUUAAAAACAGCAAUAAUUUUCAUCAUUUGAAUACUUUUGAAAAAUGUAUUUGGAAUAUGGUUAACUUAAUAUUUAAGUUCCCUGUUUAAGAAAUAGGAAGUAUACGAAUCUUCUCUCAUUUCAUGGGAACGACCUGAGACUGCAAUCACGGCUUCAAUUUUUGAAUUGCAGAAUAAUUAGAUGCACUAUCUAGUGUAUAUGAACAUCGACUAAUCAUAUUGAAUAAAUCCUAACAUAUCCACAGUGGUUGAAGCUGCUUCCAAGAAGCGGGCAUCUUUUAAAGUUUUUGUUUGACAACCAAGCACUACAGCAGUAGCAGAGAAUUGAAUUGCUUUCGACUUUUCAAUAUUAAAUUCGGCCGGUUCAGUUCCAUAAUUUGAGCUACACUCCCAAACAAAAAUCGACGAUACUACUUAUUAUUGGAUUAAGUUUUGUAUUGUUAUCACAAACUGAGACCCCACCCCCUCAUAUUAAUGUUGAUUAUACCGCGGAAAAAUAGUUAAAGCAAUUGUAGUACGUUUAACAUUGCUUCGUGCGGGAGGCAGGAUGGGAGAGUGAGUGAUUUUCAAUGCUCAGCUAACCCCAGUAUAUUUUAAUCUGUGACAGUUUCAAAGUUUGUUUAUUUAUUUAUUUAGUUACUUCACAUUUUAUAUUUACGUAUAUUUGAUACAAAAAUAUAAAAUGAUAAAAAUACAAAAUGAUUAUACAUUUAAAAUUCAGAUGCCAUUUAUUGUGCUUCAGAUUCAAGUUGAUCAACAUCACCAUUUCCAAAAUACGCUGAAUGUUUACCAAGCUGGGUAUAAAAGCGAGAUAAAUGGAUUGGACAAAACUCAGGAUGAUGAGUUGGAUGACAGUGACAGGUAUUUAAUGAUAAUUUUGAUAAUUUAAGUC